AUGGACUCGAGUGGACUGGUGCCAAAUAUAACUUGCUGGAGGGUCUCGGUCUUCCUGAUCCUCCAGUUCAGCUUCGGUGCAAUCUUCUUUACUUAUGUCCGGCUACAUGAAAAAGCAAACCAAGGGAUUUCUGGGUUUGUUGAGGUUGGCCGGCCAAAAGGUCUGGAAAACAGUCCUCCGGUUGACAAGUGGUCCUCCAACCUCACUAUCUUGCUGUGGACCUGGCCUUUUGGUGGGUCUUUUUCAAUGCAAAAGUGUUCCCGGUUGCUGGGCCUCCCUGACUGCAACUUCACGGCCGAUCGCAGUUGGUACCAGAAGGCGGACGUGGUGAUCGUUCACCACCGGGAAGCAUGCAGGAGCCCCAAGAACCUCCCUCAAGAGCCGAGACCGCCAUCCCAGCGUUGGGUCUGGUUCAACCUGGAGUCACCCUCCGCCUCCCCUAACCUUUACUUCAUGGACAACCACUUCAACCUCACCAUGAGUUACCGCAGAGAUUCAGAUAUCUUCACUCCUUAUGGCUGGAUGGAGGUCCUCCCUCAGCCUCGAAAUGUCACCGUCCCACUCAAGUCUAAGCUGGCAGCUUGGGUGGUAAGCAAUUGGCAACCAGGCUCUCGCCGGGUGCAGUACUACAGUGAAUUGAAGAAGUACCUCCAGGUGGAUGUCUAUGGACAAAGUCACCUUCCUCUCCCUCGGGAGAAUCAUCUCUCUACCUUAUCCCAGUACAAGUUCUACCUGGCCUUUGAGAAUGCCAUCCAUGAGGACUACAUCACCGAAAAGGUCUGGUUGAACUCCUUCCUCUCCUGGGCGGUGCCUGUUGUCCUUGGGCCUCCGAGGAAGAGCUAUGAGCGCCACAUGCCUCCAGACUCUUUCAUUCAUGUCAAUGACUUCCCCUCUGCGCAAGACUUGGCCAAGUUCUUACAAGAGUUGGACAGGAACACGACACAGUACCAGAGUUACUUCCGUUGGCGUGCGAGGCUGCAGCCCAUUGGGAAAACCUUUUGGGCCAUUCAUUUCUGCAAAGCAUGCUGGGCCUUACAGAAGAAGCCAGUUCAAUACCAGACGGUUCCAGAACUGAGCAAGUGGUUCAAGUAAAGUGGAGCCCCACUAGUUGGACCUGUUGGUUGUUUUGGGACUCAAAG